AGCACGUGGGGCGCGAGUCGCGCGACGCGUUCGGCCGGGCUCCCCACCGGCCGAUGCUGUGGCUGGCGACAGUGGGCGCCCACGUACCGUGGACCUCAAUUGUGGCGCUCACGCUGGUGCGUGGACAGGAUUGUUUGACUGGCUUGGUGGAAGUUGUGCCGGAAGAGCAGCGGCAGCUGCUGGCAAACGAGAAGCCUUUGGGGGUUUGGAAUGUCUAUGGCAACAAGUUUCAGGUGGACACUCCAGUGGCGCUCUUACAGAUCCUGGUUGAGGAGAUCCUCGGGUAUCGGGUCGCCGUGACGCCGCGCUACGCGGGGAACAUGAACCACGUCUACUACGCGCUGGCCGGCUGCGAGGAGCCUGAGAACGAGAUGAAUCAAAGUUGCACUGGGAAGCCCAGCAAUUUUCAUGUCUCUCUAGGCUUGCACGUCUCCAACACUAGCCAAAUCCACAUGGCACGUGUGCAACGCCUGAAGAUUGGCGGCAUGCUGGAGGAUCUGGGCCACAUGGGCACGCCCAGCUCCACCGGAUUGAUGAUCUCCCGUGCCACAGUGCAACGGGCACUGGAAGAUGACUCUCCCCUCUUCUUGGAUGACUGGAGGAGCUAUGAUGGCCGCUAUCACCAGCCGCAGCGCUUCUUUCGACGCCUGGAAGACCUGGAGGGCGCCCUGAUCUCGUGCGAUGCCUGGGCCAUGGAACCCGGGGAGUAUCUCACGCGCUACGCCGCGCUCACGGGUGACUUUGAAGGUCUAAGGUUCACAGUGGAUGGAGUGCGUCCUCGCUGCUGGCGUGACGUUUGGUGGCUGGCGCCCGCGUGCCGGAACAGCACGGACUGCUUCCCCUGCUUGACGGGCUCCGCAAGUGGCUACAAUGUGAUUCUUGCGGAGGAGGUGAUGCAGAAGGCCGCAUUUUGGCAUAUGCCACUGGCCUUGGGUGUGGCCCACUACAACGGCUCCUCGGACUUUUCCUCCUUGGUGCUCUCACAAAGAGACGUGUUGUUCAUGUUCUGGGAGCCUUCGGUGGAGUUCCAAGCGGUCGAUCCUAUGUUCGUGAGGUUCCCCGACUUCAAUGAGACGCAGUGGGCUUUCAACGUGAUGGCCAGCAAGAGGGAGGCGACCUGGCCGAUCACCGUGGUGAGCAAUGAAUUGGCGCAGCUCGCGCCCGACGUCCGCGUCCUGCUGCAGCGGAUGCUCUUGUCGUUAGAGGAUCUGAACCAGAUGCUCCAGUUCAGCUACGACUCCCUGGAGAGAUUCGAUCGUUGCUUCUCCUGCGCCGCUCGCAGCGGCGCCUGCCAGUGGCUCCGAGCGCAGGGCACGGACGCGAUUUGGAAGCCUUGGAUCCCCAAGAAGGGCGCGUGCUUCGCCGGUCAAGGCAUGUACUCCAUCACCGAACGGCGCUUCGUGGGCAGCCGCGGCGACGACGUGAUCUGCGUGGCUUGCACCGCGGGGCGCUUCAGUCGACUGGUGCAGGACGAAAUGGGGGACACCGCCGAUUGCCGCCCUUGCGCGAAGGGUUACUUUCAGCCAUCCAGCUCGGCAGUGAGUUGCGACCCCUGCCCCAUGGGACGCUUCGCCGCGAGCGCCCGCAGUGCCUACUGCGAGUCCUGCCCCAUAGGCACAUACCAGGCGAAGGAGGCCUCAAGUGCUUGCGUGGAUUGCCCCAUCGGGAUGACCACGUGGGGCUUGGAAGCUUUCAGUUUCUUCUUCUGCACUUGCCAGGAGGGCUGGUAUCGAAUUGGACUCGAGUCCAACUGCUCGGAAUGCCCCGCGGGGAUGCACUGCCCAGGCGAAGCCUUCCUGCCCCAGCAAAAGGCGGGGUUUUGGGCCUACACCACCAACCUCAUCCAGCGAGACCCCAACGUCGCCGUCGUCAGUGUGGGCUCGCUGGGCAGCAGCGGUGUGUUGUAUGGUCCACCCUACUCGGUCUACCAAUGCCGCAAUGAGCUGCAAUGCCCUGCUGGUGAAGUGAUGACAUGCGCGAAGAACCGCAUUGGUCAGGCAUGUGGCAGUUGCAUGAAAGGGCAUUCGGCGCAGUUUGAUGGCACGUGCAAGAUCUGUGACGGAGAGUCGCUGUGGCCUGUCUUUCUGAUGCUCUUCGUGUCCUUGGCCUUGUUGCCCUUGAUCGUGGCGGCAGGGCUCAUCAUGACGAAGGCACGACGGACGGCCUUGAGCGUCUUCAUGGUCAGUCUGAUCUUCGGACAGAUCGUGGUGUGUUUGCAGGGCCUGGAUGCGAUCUACCAGUUGGAUCUCACGUGGAAGGACCCGGCCAAGGCCAUCUUGGCUGCCCUCGCUGUCUUCAAUUUGGACCUGGAGUUCAGCUGCUUGCUGCCGCCACAAAGUUAUACGGUAGAAUAUGUCUUGAAGCUCCUGGCCUAUCCGGCUGUGGUGUUCAUCACCUUCCUGGCAUGGUUGAGCACCCGAUGUAGCAAACAUGCGGUGCCCUUCAAUGCCUUUGUGAACGUCCAUGGCCUUUUUGUGGUGGCACUCCUGACCGCUUUGUCACUCACUGUCGUGCGCCCCCUCCAGUGCCGCAGCAAUCCGAAUGGGCUCUUUACUGUCUCUUCCAGGCCAGACCUGACAUGCUGGGAGACUGAAGAACAUCAAACUUUAGUGGUUUUCGUCUCCAUCGGCAUCUUGGCCUAUCCCGUGACCAUCCUCAGCUGCAUCGCUUACCUCACCAGGAAGUAUCCGAUCUGGCUACGCUCGGGUGGUGGGAUCAAGGUCAUGGAACGGUACCGCUUUCUUUUUGCUCGCUUCCGCCCAGAGCGCUACUACUUCGGGUUGAUUCUCUCGGUGCACAACUUGACGGUGGCCGUGAUCCCUGCGGCUUUGGUGGCCUUUCCGGCGCUGCAGGUGGGCAUCAUGGGCUGUGUGAUUUGUGACCUCGACCACCUGACGACACCGCCACAGAUCGGACGGGAUCGGCGCCUUCUGCACCGUUCCAAGCUCGUUGCACAGAUCCUCCUCUGGCCUUGGAGAAUGGACCUGGCCAACUACAACGACGCGGCGCUGUCCGCCGGGCUCAUGACCAUCUUGCUCCUAGCCUCGCCACUCCUGAACAUCGACCAGGGGCAGACACGGCAGUCGGUGGCGGUGCUCCUGAGCUGCGUGAUGAUCUUGCUGCCGCUGGUGGCCAUUUUCAUCGCCUUUGCCGUGGUCCUGGCCAGGUUACGGCCGCAGAGCAAGUUCGGUGCCUUCUUGUGCCACCAUAAGGCGGGUGCCGGUGCGCUGUGCCGCUUCUUCAAGCUGGUGGCGAAGAAGUACGUCAACAUCAAUCUCUUCCUGGACUCCGACGAGCUGGAUGACCUUGCCAGGAUCUUUGACAUCGUCAAGGCGGACACCCGAAGCUUGGUUGUGGUGCUGACCAGCGAACUUCUACAUCGUAUGUGGUGUGCUGGGGAGAUCGCCACGGCGCACAAGCACCAGAUUCCCAUCAUCCCCCUGUACUGCGAUGACUUCGGCUUUCCGGAUGCUUCCUGCAUUGCCACCAUGGAAUCCGUGUGGAGCGAGGAGCAACGAGGGACACUGGUGUCCCAUGGGAUUUCCAUGGAAGACAUCAAGGCAGCCUAUCGCUCCCUGCGCACGCUGCCGGGCGUGGAUUUGAAGCGUCGCUGGUCUUUGGAAGCGCAAGAGGACGCCGUGUUGCAGGUCCUCACCGCCGUUUACGAGCGCGGUCCUCGGGUGGAAGUGGCGACAGCACCCAGCGUGAAGAGCGCCAAGGUCUUGGUCUGUGUGACGGAAGAAGCAGAGGCGAUCUCUGCUGGGUUCAUCCUGCAGCAGAUGGUUCAAACCAAACUACAGACCGUGACCUUUUUGGCACGCACCCCGGAAGAUGUCUUUGAGAGUGCUUCCUUUGCCCUCGUGAUCUUGAGUAAGGGCAUCCUCGAGGACUGUGGCUUUGCGCAGAUCUUACUGGCCAUUCGAAGGGCCUCGGUGGCGCUGGUCCCCGUGAACGAUGGCAGCUUCGACUUUCCGGGCCUCGAAUUCUACCAGCAGGUGCAGGAGGGGAACCUGGUGAUACCAGGCCUUGCUCCCAAUCAGGGGCCACCCCUUGCGCGCGCCUUUCAGGCGCUGCUGAGCAUUUUGGCGUUGCCCAUGACGCCACAUGCCUCCAUUGGCAUCCUGGAAAGGCAAGUCGACCAGAUUUGUCAGCGCUUUGGGAACUGGGACGAUGUCGUGGAGAGGUCGUCGUCGGUGAAGUCGAGCUCCCGGCGUCCGAUGAGCGAGUUGGAGGACGCCAUGGAGGAGGAGAUGAAGGUUAUAGGAGGAGCAGGCUGUUGAGCAGUCAAGGAGAAGACCAGUCAGCCAGAGAGGUGCACAGGGAGGUUUCUUGGCGGCGCAGGCUGCGAAACUGCUUGCAGCCUGGGAGGAGGAGGGUCAAACCCUGGUAGUGCCCACUGCGAUCUGGUGCUUGCUGUUGCUGUCCAGCAGUUCUAACAACCAUCGCCUGAGAGGUGGUGAAAUAUAAACAGGUCCCACUGGGGCCGGGGUCUGCGGUACUUAGGCAAAUGCAUGAGGGGGACCUAAUUCUGCUGGUCCAUCCGUCAUCCUGGUCGAUCUGGGCCUUCCCAUUUUCCAUCGACCGCUCCAACUGCGAAGGAGCUCGACGUGGUACCUCGCGAGUCCAGCACCAUGGACGUCUGACAGAGCGGCUCGAUCGUCUCGUCGCCGCGGCGCGAGUCGUCACGCCGGAGGGAGCAGACGGUCGGAGUGGUUAGCCCAGGGGGGUCCAAGGACCAUGGUUAUAGGAACAUAAUUGUGAACGCAUAUUAAAUGGGUUUCAACUGUUUUAUAUAAACCCCCUUGGAUCUUGGGGGGAUCGCCCUCGACCUUUUCUGCGGUGAUGGUCUUCCAAAGGAACGACCGAGCUUCGGACGUCGUGAGACGCCGUGCUUCGUUCACCGCUGAACUUUGCUUCGUCGCUUCGUCGACGAGUUCGUCGAAACCCGGGGGGGGGGAGGCGGAGCCAUCGGAGCAUCGGGCGCC